UUUUUAUAAUAUUACUGUGGCGAGUCAGUCUGCUUGUUGCUCAGAUAACAAUCCUUGAAAUGACUUUACGUAAUCCUUUAUACUUUAUAGUGAACAAAUAUAACCAAUAACUCCAAAUGCGUUCGGAGAUUUGAACGUGACUCAAUGGAGGGUUGAGCUUUCUGAGCCGCCAACAACCCCUCAGAGGUGUUUAGUAGGAAAGUUAAGAGUAACGUUUGUCGUCUUAAUAUGGUUAUUGUUGUUGUCUUCCAUUGGCUCAUGGCAGCAACUGAGUGGCUGUAAUAAAUACAUAUUUAACCUCCCCCUCUGCCGGACUACAUCUACACAGUCUGUGUGACAGGAGUCAGCUGUGCAGCGUGACAGUUAACCCUCAAUGAUUGUGCGGCAGUUGACGUGUAGGGGACUGUCGUCUCAGCUGUGUGCGGCAGUCAGACUGAACUGGAGCGCUCCAAAGAUGGCGAGACCAAGCUCAAAUUUAACAGAGUUUCGCGAGCAUUUUGCUAAUGCCAAGCACAUCACUAUUAUUACUGGAGCCGGAGUCAGUGCAGAGAGUGGAGUACCAACGUUUAGAGGACAGGGGGGCUAUUGGAGGAAGUGGCAGGCACAGGAUUUGGCAACACCUGAAGCUUUCUCUCGAGAUCCUUCUUUAGUUUGGGAAUUUUACCAUUACAGGCGCGAGGUUAUGCGUAGUAAGAUGCCAAACUCAGCACACCUGGCUAUAGCAGAGUGUGAGUCCCGUCUGAGCAAACAGGGGCGCUGUGUUGUGAUCAUCACUCAGAACAUCGAUGAGCUGCACCAUAGAGCUGGUUCCAAACAUGUCUAUGAAAUCCACGGUAGUCUAUUUAAAACCCGCUGCAUGAGCUGUGGAGAAGUCAAAGCCAACCACAAGAGUCCAAUCUGUCCUGCUCUUGAAGGGAAAGGAGAGCCUGACCCCAGUGCCAAGGAUGCCAGAAUACCAGUGGAGCACCUGCCCAGGUGUGACAGGAGUGGCUGUAAUGGGUUGCUGAGGCCUCAUGUGGUUUGGUUCGGAGAGACUCUGGAUUCAGAUAUUCUCACCGCUGUGGAGCAGGAACUGGAAAAAUGUGAUCUCUGCUUAAUUGUGGGCACCUCCUCCUUAGUUUACCCAGCAGCCAUGUUUGCUCCUCAGGUGGCAGGUAGAGGAGUGCCUGUAGCUGAAUUCAACAUGGAGUGCACACCUGCUACUAUGCGCUUUAAAUAUCACUUUGAGGGUCCUUGUGGUGUCACAUUGCCUCCCGCCCUGGAACGCCACGAGAGCGAGGUCAUUUAAGGAGAAAGAAGGCAUGACCCAUUCGUUCAUGCCCACUGCAUAGAGCACUUUAACUGAGAGCACAUGGGAUUGGUUCAUGCCUUCAUGUGAUUGGUUUUCAUAUGGUCUGUGUGCUGUGAAGAUUUACUGCAAAACUUGGCUGAAAUUCAAUUUUAAAUAGUGUC